CCAUCUUUUUUUUUCUCUCUCCUUCAUCUCCCUCUCUCUUUCUCCUUGCUUUAUUUCAUCGAUUCUCCCCCUCUCCAGCUCCUGGUUCGAUUCAUCAGACCUCUCCGUUUGAUGUUCUUCUCCAGGAUUUACUGAUUUCGAGUGGUGGGUUUCGGAUUUCUCCUGGAAUAAUCAAACCGAAAAUGGUUAUCUCCGAUGAGAACAAUCGUAAUAUCGUCGUCAAACCCACCACUACCACUGUUAGUCUUCACCAAGAUGAAACCGGGGGCAGGAAAUUCGGACAGGAGAAUCGACAGAACCGGAGAGCGUUGCGUGUGAUUAAUCAGAACCUUGUUGGAGCAAGAGGAGGGUACCCUUGUGUCGUCAACAAGAGAGGCUUGUCCGACCGGAAGGAUGAAGGGUGCGGAAAGAAGCUUGAUUCGUUGCGUCCACCAGUUACAAGAUCUCGAGCCGAAGAUCUGUGUCCGGAGGAGACAAAGAAGCUGAAGCCGUCAGUACCAACAAAGAACGAGUUCGGAGACUGUAUAUUCGUGGAUGAAGAGGAAAAAUCGACAGUCGUGCCAAUGUCCUUGGAGGAACCAGGCCCAAACCUUGGUGAUGAAUCUGAUCCAAUGGAGGAAGUCGAAAUGGAGGAUAUAACAGUUGAAGAACCAAUCUUGGAUAUAGACAGUACCGAUACAAAGAACUCACUCGCAGCUGUAGAGUAUGUAGAAGAUCUGUACUCUUUCUAUAGGAGCAUGGAGAGUUUUAGUUGCGCUCCUCCUGAUUAUAUGACUCAACAACUUGACAUAAACGAGAAGAUGAGAGCUAUACUGAUAGAUUGGCUCAUUGAGGUACACGAUAAAUUCGAGCUCAUGAACGAGACAUUGUUUCUGACAGUGAACCUGAUAGAUAGAUUCUUGUCCAAGCAAGCUGUUGUAAGAAAGAAGCUUCAGCUUGUAGGGUUAGUCGCCAUGCUUUUAGCGUGUAAGUACGAAGAGGUCUCCAUCCCCGUGGUAUCGGAUCUGGUUCUCAUUUCAGACAAGGCUUAUACGAAGGAAGACAUUCUAGAAAUGGAGAAAACGAUGUUGAACACGCUUCAAUUCAACGUCUCGUUACCGACACCAUACCCUUUCUUGGCAAGGUUCCUUAAGGCAGCUCAAUCAGAUAAGAAGCUGGAUAUUAUGGCGUCGUUCCUGAUCGAGCUUGCCCUCGUGGAAUACGAGAUGCUUCAGUUCCCGUCAUCGCUACUAGCGGCCGCUGCUGUGUACACAGCUCAAUGUACACUUCACGGCUUCAGACAAUGGAACAGCACGUGCCAGUUUCACAGCCACUACUCAGAACAUCAGCUUAUGGAAUGUUGUAGAAAGAUGGUGACUUUCCAUCAAAAGGCUGAGACAGGGAAGCUGAGUGGGGUAUAUAGGAAGUAUAGCUCGAGAAAGUUUGGGAACAUAGCGAAAUGCGAGCCUGCACAUUUUCUUCUGAUGCAAGUGUAGCUGAAGAAGGGAAGAAGAAAGCGGUGUACAGGCUACAGCUGCUGCUACUGACAUUCUUAUUACACAACUCCAACACUUACUUUGAAGAGCAAGUAACACAAAGCCAAACAACUGUCCUUCUCUCUCUCUCUCUCUCUCUCUCUCUCUCUCUCUCAGGUUUCAGAAGUUAUCUGUUGUUUAGUUUCAAAGUGUUCUUCUUGGGUUUGUGAUAUGAUGAUCUCUGUCAUUUGUCUCUCACAGAAAUAAACUCUAAUGAGUGGAUAAGAUACAUCCAUCAUUCUUCACUUCAAACAACUCUCUCUCUCUCUCUCUCUCUCUCUCUCUAUCUCUCUCUAUCUCUCUGUUAUUGAGUUUCAAAGUGUUCUUCUUGGGUUUGUGAUA